UGUUCGUCUUUCGUCCAUCGCUUGAAACAUGGGAUAUAUGCAAGCAAAAAAGCUCUGAUUUGGAAUUCACUCUCUAAGUACCUCCAAUAAACAUGUGAAGAUAUGACCCCGUUAUCAACCUACCCCUCCACUAGAAAGAGCAAACUAAAACCAGGAAUAGCAGGCCAGAAAUCAAGAAGAGCAAAUCGCAAUCAUAAAGAACACCCCAAAACAAGAAGACAGCCAACACAAGCACGCCCAUAAGGAAGAAGAGAGUAGUAGAAAGAAAACCCCAAGCUCCGCCGUGCACACGAUUCACCCUCAAGUCCACUCAUCAUAAGGAAGCACCCCCCCGCACAUCCCCCAAUCCCAAAGCCCCCCAUGCUCCACUCAUGCCAUAUCCUCCAUCCUUACAGAACGGUCCCUUCCCCCAGGGCAAACCCAGGUUCCAGCAACUCAGAUACCGCAAGGGACUAUACCUGCUGCAUCAGACAAAAUAAGAGACAUCCCUCUUUCCUUACAGAACGGAGCUUUACUCCCCAGGACGAACCCAGGUUUUUCAGCGGCUCAGGCACCGCAAGGGACUAUACCUGCUGUAUCGGAAAAAGAAGGGGACGUCGUGUAGGCAAAAGGUUUUCUUGUGUGGACUGGGGAAUGAGAUGCUUCUAUGCAGAGGCGUCCUCGCGCGGGGGCAUUUUGUACGCAGCGAAAUGGACGCACCUCUUGAAUGAUAUAGGUCCCAAAUUUAUCUCGGCGACGUAUUUGACGAGCUCCAUGCACUGGAAAGAUGUAGCUGUGGGAUCUUCCGGCGAAGCAUUGGGUUGUGUCGACGUAGGUUUAGGUUUCAGUGUAGCAUGAGCAUUUCCGCUGGAUCUCCAUGACUUCAGCCGGCCCUGAGCUGCAAAGUCUUCGAUUUGCGGCCCGAAGAGGCUCCAGGGUUUUCGAUAGGUUUAGGUCGCUUAGCGGAGAUGUCAAAGGGAUUCUUCAUUUCUUUGUAUCGCGGC